AUGCACUGGAAAGCGCCGCACUUGAAGGAGGCGGGCCUGGAGGCCCGGGCCCCGCCCCCGGCCCACGCCCACUCCCUCCGGCCCCGCCUCUCUUCCCAGCAGCCCGAGGGCCGCGUGACCACCCCGGGCCCCGGGUCAGCCUCCGGGGCGCCGAGGGUCGGCGCUGCGCUCGGGGGACAAGCGCGGGUGCAGCUGGGCUGCGGGCCGGUGCGAGGGCCGGCCCCGCGCCUCCUGCCGCCCGGGACGCCCUUUCCCUUCCUGCCCGGGUUAUUCCUCCUCGCUCCUCGGGUUUCAGCCACGUUUCCUCCGGGAAGCCUUCCCUGGGGCCCCGGCUUGCGUCAGCGCCUUCCCUCUGUGGUGGCCGCAGAGUCGAGCACAAGGCCGGUGCGGAGUAGGCAGGCCUCGGCAAUUAUCUGCCGAAUGAAUGGGGUUGAAUCGAGAAGCCGCCUGCCCAGCUGCUCCUACGUGAAAACAAACACGCGAACGCCCGGUUGGCAAGGCGACGGAGGCACCAGGGGAAAGUGCAGCCUCCGGUCGCCCCACGCCCGCCGCGCUCCGGACGCCAGCGGCGCGGCCCGACCCGAGCUCCCCGGCCCGGGGCCGCCGGUGCCCGCGAGGCUGCACCCGGGCCGGGCGGCCGGGCGGGCGCAGGGCCCCGCGGGCCGCGGCCGCCCAGCGCUGAGUCCAGUCCGCGUUUUGCGAGUGCGCCCGAGCAAUCAGAGAGAAGUGGAUAAUAGUUGCUCGGGCUCGCCCGGCUCCCUCUCAAGCCAUGCUGGGCCCGAGCGGCUCAAGAGGGGCCGCGGACGAGAAAGUGGGUUUUAUUGUCUCCCCCCGCGCCCCCCCGCCCGGCCUGGCCACGCCGCGGCGAUCAUGGCCGCGCGGGCAGCAGCAGCAGCGCGGGCGGGCAGCGGCGAGCGGCGGGCGCCCCCCGGGCCGCGGCCGGCGCCCGGGGCCCGGGACCUGGAGGCGGGGGCGCGCGGCGCGGCGGCCCCGGGACCCAUGCUGGGGGGCGGCGACGGCAGCGGCCUGAAUAAUGUGCACCACCACCCCCUGCAACCCCGUCACGAUCUGAACAUGGCCCAUAACGCGAGCGCCACGGCCGCGGCCGCCGCCAGCACUAACAGCGCCAAGAGCGGCGGCUCCGAGGCGGAGGGUGGAAGCGCCGCCGCGCUGUCCUCCUCCUCCUCCUCCUCCGCCGCGGCGGCGGCGGCGUCCUCCUCUUCCUCCUCGUCGGGCCCGGGCUCGGCCAUGGAGACGGGGCUGCUCCCCAACCACAAACUGAAAACCGUUGGCGAAGCCCCCGCCGCAGCGCCCCACCAGCAGCAGCACCUCCACCAUCACCACCACCAUGCCCACCACCUCCACCACCAACACCUCCACCAUGCCCACCACCUCCACCACCUCCACCACCACGCACUCCAGCAGCAGCUAAGCCAGUUCCAGCAGCAGCAGCAGCAGCAACCUCAGCAGCAGCAGCAGCACCAACAUCCCAUUUCCAACAACAACAGCCUCGGCGGCGCGGGCGGCGGCACGCCUCAGCCCGGUGCCGACAUGGAGCAGCCGCAACAUGGAGGCGCCAAGGACGGUGCUGCCGCGGGCAGCCAGGCCGAGCCCCCGGGCCAGCCGCUGCUGAGCAAGCCGGGCGACGAGGACGACGCGCCGCCCAAGAUGGGGGAGCCGGCGAGCGGCCGGUUCGAGCAGCCGGGCCUGGGCGCCCUGGGCGCGCAGCAGCAGCAGCAGCAACAGCCGCCGCCGCCGGUCGCCGUGCCCGGGGGCGGCGGAGGCGGCCCGGCGGCCGUCUCGGAGUUUAAUAAUUACUAUGGCAGCGCUGCCCCAGCUAGCGGCGGCCCCGGCGGCCGCGCUGGGCCUUGCUUUGAUCAACAUGGCGGACAACAAAGCCCCGGGAUGGGGCUGAUGCACUCCGCCUCAGCUGCCGCCGGAGCCCCCAACAGCAUGGACCCCCUGCAGAACUCCCACGAAGGGUACCCCAACAGCCAGUACAACCAUUAUCCGGGCUACAGCCGGCCCAGCGCGGGCGGCGGCGGCGGCGGCGGUGGAGGAGGAGGAGGAGGAGGAGGAGGCAGCGGAGGAGGAGGAGGAGGAGGAGGAGCAGGAGGAGCGGGAGCUGUGGCGGCGGCGGCCGCGGCGGCGGCGGCAGCAGCAGCAGCAGGAGGCGGCGGCGGCGGCGGCUAUGGGGGCUCGUCCUCGGGGUACGGGGUGCUGAGCUCCCCCCGGCAGCAGGGCGGCGGCAUGAUGAUGGGCCCCGGGGGCGGCGGGGCCGCGAGCCUCAGCAAGGCGGCCGCCGGCGCGGCGGCGGCGGCAGCGGCGGCGGCGGCGACGGGGGGCUUCCAGCGCUUCGCCGGGCAGAACCAGCACCCGUCGGGGGCCACCCCGACCCUCAACCAGCUGCUCACCUCGCCCAGCCCCAUGAUGAGGAGCUACGGCGGCAGCUACCCGGACUACAGCAGCCCCAGCGCGCCGCCGCCGCCGCCGCCGCCGUCGCAGCCCCAGUCCCAGGCGGCAGCGGCGGCGGCGGGGGCGGCGGCGGGCGGCCAGCAGGCGGCCGCGGGCAUGGGCUUGGGCAAGGACAUGGGCGCCCAAUACGCCGCUGCCAGCCCGGCCUGGGCGGCCGCGCAACAAAGGAGCCACCCGGCGAUGAGCCCCGGCACCCCCGGCCCGACCAUGGGCAGAUCCCAGGGCAGCCCGAUGGAUCCCAUGGUGAUGAAGAGACCCCAGCUGUAUGGCAUGGGCAGUAACCCUCAUUCUCAGCCACAGCAGAGCAGCCCUUACCCUGGAGGUUCCUACGGCCCCCCAGGCCCACAGCGGUAUCCCAUCGGCAUUCAAGGUCGGCCCCCCGGGGCCAUGGGAGGCAUGCAGUACCCCCAGCAGCAGAUGCCACCUCAGUACGGACAGCAGGGUGUGAGUGGUUACUGCCAGCAGGGCCAGCAGCCUUACUACAACCAGCAGCCACAGCCUCCACACCUUCCCCCGCAGGCGCCCUAUCUGCCCUCCCAGUCCCAGCAGAGGUACCAGCCGCAGCAGGAUAUGUCUCAGGAAGGCUAUGGAACUAGGUCUCAACCUCCUCUGGCUUCUGGAAAACCUAACCAUGAAGACUUGAACUUAAUACAACAAGAAAGACCAUCAAGUUUACCAGUUGAAGGCUUGACCUCGGAGGAUACUGCCUUUGGACUCAAGUGUUUCUAUGCUUACAUAUGUCUCCAUAUGUGUGUGCGCCAGUGUAUAAACCUAGGAGUGGACAUCCUGGAUCAUAAGGACCUGUCUGGCUCCAUUGAUGACCUCCCCACGGGAACGGAAGCAACUUUGAGCUCAGCAGUCAGUGCCUCCGGGUCCACGAGCAGCCAAGGAGAUCAGAGCAACCCAGCUCAGUCGCCUUUCUCUCCGCAUGCAUCUCCCCAUCUCUCCAGCAUCCCUGGGGGCCCAUCACCUUCUCCUGUCGGCUCUCCUGUAGGAAGCAACCAGUCACGAUCUGGCCCAAUUUCUCCUGCAAGUAUUCCAGGAAGUCAGAUGCCCCCUCAGCCACCUGGGAGCCAGUCAGAAUCCAGUUCUCAUCCUGCCUUGAGCCAGUCACCAAUGCCACAGGAAAGAGGUUUUAUGGCAGGUACACAAAGAAACCCUCAGAUGUCUCAAUAUGGACCUCAGCAGACAGGACCAUCCAUGUCGCCUCAUCCUUCUCCUGGAGGCCAGAUGCACCCUGGAAUCAGUAGCUUUCAGCAGAGUAACUCAAGUGGGACUUACGGUCCACAGAUGAGCCAGUAUGGACCACAAGGUAACUACUCCAGACCCCCAACAUACAGUGGGGUGCCCAGUGCAAGCUACAGCAGCCCAGGGCCCGGCAUGGGCGUCAAUGCCAACAGCCAGAUGCAUGGACAAGGGCCAAGCCAGCCAUGUGGCUCCAUGCCCCUGGGACGAGUGCCAUCCGCAGGCAUGCAGAACAGACCAUUUCCUGGAAACAUGAGCAGCAUGACCCCCAGUUCUCCUGGCAUGUCUCAGCAGGGGGGGCCAGGAAUGGGGCCACCAAUGCCAACCGUGAACCGUAAGGCACAGGAGGCAGCUGCCGCAGUGAUGCAGGCCGCUGCGAACUCGGCGCAAAGCAGGCAAGGCGGCUUUCCCGGCAUGAAUCAGAGUGGACUCAUGGCUUCCAGCUCGCCCUACAGCCAGCCCAUGAACAACAGCUCUGGGCUGAUGAACACCCAGGCGCCCCCCUACAGCAUGACGCCCAAUAUGGUGAACAGCUCAACAGCAUCUAUGGGUCUUGCAGAUAUGAUGUCUCCUAGUGAAUCCAAACUGCCCCUGCCUCUCAAAGCCGACGGUAAAGAAGAAGGCAGUGCACAGCCGGAGGGCAAGUCGAAGGAUAGCUACAGCUCUCAGGGUAUUUCUCAGCCCCCAACCCCCGGCAACCUGCCAGUCCCUUCCCCAAUGUCCCCCAGCUCUGCUAGCAUCUCCUCAUUUCAUGGAGAUGAAAGUGAUAGCAUUAGCAGCCCAGGCUGGCCAAAGACUCCAUCAAGCCCUAAGUCCAGCUCAUCCACCACCACUGGGGAAAAGAUCACAAAGGUGUAUGAGCUAGGGAAUGAGCCAGAGAGGAAGCUGUGGGUGGACCGCUACCUCACCUUCAUGGAGGAGAGGGGCUCCCCAGUCUCAAGUCUGCCUGCAGUGGGCAAGAAGCCCUUGGACCUGUUCAGGCUCUAUGUCUGCGUCAAAGAGAUCGGAGGUUUGGCACAGGUUAAUAAAAACAAGAAGUGGCGUGAGCUGGCAACCAACCUAAAUGUUGGCACUUCGAGCAGUGCAGCGAGCUCCCUGAAAAAGCAGUAUAUUCAGUACCUGUUUGCCUUUGAGUGCAAGAUCGAGCGGGGGGAGGAGCCCCCACCGGAAGUCUUCAGCACGGGCGACACCAAGAAGCAGCCCAAGCUCCAGCCGCCAUCUCCUGCUAACUCAGGAUCCUUGCAAGGUCCACAGACGCCGCAGUCAACUGGCAGUAAUUCGAUGGCAGAGGUUCCAGGCGACCUGAAGCCACCUACUCCAGCCUCCACCCCUCAUGGACAGGUGACCCCGAUGCAAGGUGGAAGAAGCAGCACCGUCAGUGUGCACGACCCAUUCUCAGACGCAAGUGAGUCAUCGUUCCCCAAACGCAACUCCAUGACUCCCAGCACCCCGUACCAGCAGGGCAUGAGCAUGCCAGACGUGAUGGGCAGGAUGCCCUAUGAGCCCAACAAGGACCCCUUUGGAGGGAUGCGGAAAGUGCCUGGAAGCAGCGAGCCUUUCAUGACGCAAGGACAGAUGCCCACCAGCAGCAUGCAGGAUAUGUACAACCAGAGUCCGUCUGGGGCCAUGUCUAGUCUGGGCAUGGGGCCGCGGCAGCAGUUUCCCUACGGAGCCAGUUACGACCGAAGGCAUGAACCUUACGGGCAGCAAUACCCAGGCCAAGGCCCUCCCUCAGGACAGCCGUCAUAUGGAGGACACCAGCCGGGCCUGUACCCACAGCAGACGAACUACAAGCGCCAUAUGGAUGGCAUGUACGGGCCUCCAGCCAAACGCCACGAGGGAGACAUGUACAACAUGCAGUAUGGCAGCCAGCAGCAGGAGAUGUACAACCAGUACGGGAGCUCCUACUCCGGCCCGGACCGGAGGCCCCUGCAGGGACAGUAUCCCUACCCCUACAACCGAGAGAGGAUGCAGGGCCCGGGGCAGAUACAGCCGCACGCCAUCCCGCCGCAGAUGAUGGGCGGCCCGAUGCAGUCAUCCUCCAGCGAAGGGCCUCAGCAGAGCAUGUGGGCAACCCGCAACGAUAUGCCUUACCCCUACCAGAACAGGCAAGGCCCGGGCGGCCCCGCGCAGGCCCCGCCUUACCCCGGCAUGAACCGCACCGAUGACAUGAUGGUCCCUGAUCAGAGGAUAAACCACGAGAGCCAGUGGCCUUCCCACGUCAGCCAGCGUCAGCCUUACAUGUCCUCCUCAGCCUCCAUGCAGCCCAUCACGCGCCCGCCUCAGUCGUCCUACCAGACGCCACCCUCACUGCCAAACCACAUCUCCAGGGCGCCCAGCCCCGCCUCCUUCCAGCGCUCCCUGGAGAGCCGCAUGUCUCCCAGCAAGUCCCCCUUCCUCCCCUCCAUGAAGAUGCAGAAGGUGAUGCCCACCGUCCCCACGUCCCAGGUCACUGGGCCGCCCCCCCAACCGCCCCCCAUCAGAAGGGAAAUCACCUUCCCUCCUGGCUCUGUGGAAGCCUCACAGCCAGUCCUGAAACAAAGGCGGAAGAUUACCUCAAAAGAUAUUGUUACUCCAGAGGCCUGGCGUGUGAUGAUGUCCCUUAAGUCAGGUCUUUUGGCUGAAAGUACGUGGGCUUUGGACACUAUUAAUAUUCUUCUGUAUGAUGACAGCACUGUUGCUACUUUCAAUCUCUCCCAGUUGUCCGGAUUUCUUGAACUUUUAGUAGAGUACUUCAGGAAAUGCCUGAUUGACAUUUUUGGAAUUCUUAUGGAAUAUGAAGUGGGAGACCCCAGCCAAAAAGCACUCGAUCACAAUGCAGCGAAGAGAGACGACAGCCAGUCCUUGGCCGACGAUUCUGGGAGAGAGGAAGAAGAUGCUGAAUGUAUUGAGGAGGAGGAAGAUGAGGAGGAUGAGGAGGAGGAAGACAGCGGGAGGGCGGAGACAGAGGACAGGAGCAGCACUGGGGCCUCCCCUGACGCCACCGCAGAUCCAAAGGAGAAGCCCAGGCAAGCCAGUAAAUUUGACAAGCUGCCAAUCAAGAUAGUCAAAAAGAACAACCUGUUUGUCGUCGACCGCUCUGACAAGCUGGGUCGCGUCCAGGAGUUCAGCAGUGGACUUCUGCACUGGCAGCUCGGCGGCGGGGACACCACCGAGCACAUCCAGACUCACUUCGAGAGCAAGAUGGAGAUUCCUCCUCGCAGGCGGCCACCUCCCCCUUUGAGCUCCACAGGCAGAAAGAAAGACCAGGAAGGCAAAGGGGAUUCUGACGAGCACCAAGAGAAAAGCAUCAUCGCAACCAUCGAUGAUGUUCUGUCUGCGCGGCCAGGGGCUCUGCCUGAAGACACAAACCCUGGUACCCAGACCGAAAGCAGCAAGUUUCCCUUCGGAAUCCAUCAAGCCAAAAGUCACCGCAACAUCAAGCUGCUGGAGGACGAGCCGAGGAGCCGGGACGAGGCCCCACUCUGCACCAUCGCGCACUGGCAGGACUCGCUGGCCAAGCGCUGCAUCUGUGUGUCCAAUAUUGUCCGGAGCUUGUCUUUUGUGCCUGGGAAUGAUGCAGAAAUGUCCAAACACCCAGGCCUGGUGCUGAUCCUGGGGAAGCUGAUUCUUCUUCACCACGAGCAUCCCGAGAGAAAACGAGCGCCGCAGACCUACGAGAAGGAGGAAGACGAGGACAAAGGGGUGGCCUGCAGCAAAGAUGAGUGGUGGUGGGACUGCCUCGAGGUCUUAAGGGAUAACACGUUGGUCACCUUGGCCAACAUUUCUGGGCAGCUAGACUUGUCUGCUUACACGGAAAGCAUCUGCUUGCCAAUUUUGGAUGGCUUGCUGCACUGGAUGGUGUGCCCAUCAGCGGAGGCACAAGACCCCUUUCCCACAGUGGGACCCAACUCUGUCCUGUCGCCUCAGAGACUCGUGCUGGAGACGCUCUGUAAACUCAGCAUCCAGGACAACAAUGUGGACCUGAUCUUGGCCACGCCUCCAUUUAGUCGUCAGGAGAAAUUCUAUGCCACGUUAGUUAGGUACGUUGGGGAUCGCAAAAACCCAGUCUGUCGAGAAAUGUCCAUGGCGCUUUUAUCGAACCUUGCCCAAGGGGACGCGCUGGCUGCAAGGGCCAUAGCUGUGCAGAAGGGAAGCAUCGGAAACUUGAUAAGCUUCCUAGAGGAUGGGGUCACGAUGGCCCAGUAUCAGCAGAGCCAGCACAACCUCAUGCACAUGCAGCCCCCGCCCCUAGAGCCCCCUAGCGUGGACAUGAUGUGCAGGGCAGCCAAAGCUCUGCUGGCCAUGGCCAGAGUGGACGAGAACCGCUCCGAGUUCCUUCUGCAUGAGGGCCGAUUGCUGGAUAUCUCGAUAUCAGCCGUUCUGAACUCUCUGGUGGCAUCUGUCAUCUGCGAUGUACUGUUUCAGAUCGGGCAGUUAUGACAUCAGUGAGAAGGCAGCCUGUGUGAGUGAAGACUAUAGAGGCUCCCGUGUAACUGGCUGUGUUCUGUUCUUGUUUCUCCAGCGUAGGACGAAGGAAAGAAAAUCUUUGCUCCUCUGCCCCAUCCACUAUUUACCAAUUGGGAAUUAAAGAGAUAAUUAAUUCGAACAGUUAUAAAAUUAAUAUUUGCUGUCUGUGUGUACAAGUACAUCCUUUUGGGGUUUUUUUAUUUUGUUUUUUUUUUUUUUUUUAACCAAAGUUUCUGUCUAGUGCAUUCAGAGGUCACUUUUUGUUUUUCAGAUUUUCUUUUUAAUGUUCUUUUCCAUGUCAUAUUACAUUUUUUUGGGAAGCAAAUUGACUUUAAAGAAAAAAGUUAACAGCAAAAGAUGCUAUAAGAUGGGAAAUUUUCACCACACUGAGACAAAAAGGCGAAAACUUAUCGAUUUCCUAGCUGUGUUAUUCUUCAAAUAAUGAAAAAAUUGCAACUGUAUCCCAUCGUCCAAAGCUCUGUGCAAUAGAAAUUUCUAGAGAUGUAGGUAUAGGGGCUCACAAAGGUCUGUCAGUCAGCGGUUGAAAUAGGAAAUGAUUCUGGUUUCUCCACAGGAAAAUGGUUACAUUAGGCUAGGAGCAAAAUGGUCAUUUUUAAGUUAAGAUUGAAAACAUACCUGACAACGAUCAACGGAAAUUGCUUCCUCACCACUACCGUCAUGUCUGCUGUCUGUUGUUUGACCUUCCACAUGACAGUUCUUCACAAUUCCUUUAAUCAUUUUUUAAAUAUUUUUUUUUUACUGCCUUUGGGCUGUGAUGUAUAUAGAAGUUGUACAUUAAACAUACCCUCAUUUUUUUUCUUUUUUCUUUUCUUUUUUUUUUUUUUUUUUUUUUUUAGUAAAAAGUUUUUAGUUUCUUUUUCAUGAUGUGGUAACUACGAAGUGAUGGUAGAUUUAAAUAAUUUUUUAUUUUUAUUUUAUAUAUUUUUUCAUUAGGGCCAUAUCUCCAAAAAAAAGAAAAAAUACAAAAAACAAAAACAAACGAAAAAAAAACAAAAAAAAACAAAAAAAAGAGGGUAAUGUACAAGUUUCUGUAUGUAUAAAGUCAUGCUCUAUUUCGGGAGAGCAGCUGAUCACAAUUUGCUUCAUGAAUCAAGGUGUGGAAAUGGUUGCAUAUGGAUUGAUUUACACAAUGGUUACUAGUACAGACAAAAAAAAAAUACAACUAAAAGGAAGAAACACAACUUCAAAAUUUUUUCAGUGACGAGAAUCCACAUUUGUAUUUCAAGAUAAUGUAGUUAAAAAAAAAAACAAAAAAACUUGAUGUAAAUUCCUCCUUUUCCUCUGGCUUAAUGAAUAUCAUUUAUUCAGUAUAAAAUCUUUAUAUGUUCCACAUGUUAAGAAUAAAUGUACAUUAAAUCUUGUUAAGCACUGUGAUGGGUGUUCUUGAAUACUGUUCUAGUUUCCUUAAAAUGGUUUCAUAGUAACCAAGUAACAAGAAAAAGGGGGGAAACAACCGUGUACUAACAUAGCCCCUCGUUAUGAAACCCUGAGGUCGGGAUGGGCCUUUAAGGGUUACCUACUUUAGAGUGGGGAGCAAGAGUUUGAUUUUCUCAAAGGAUUUAAAUAACUGGCCUUUGUUUGAAGCAGUCAACUCUGACAACAUGGCGGUAUGAGAAUUUUCAGUGUCUGGGGGCGGUGGCUGCCAGCCCGUGAGGUGAGAUCACUGGCCUGACAGUGUAACACCCUGCCUUUUUCUAACCCCAUCCUAAUUUCGAUCAGAGUUCAAUCUAUUCCGUGUUUUUCCUGUGUGCCUCAAAGUUAUUUUGCAUUUAGUUUACUCCACCUUGUAUAAUAUUUAUAUUGUGCAAUGUUAAAAACAAUAUGUUAUAUUGUAUGUGGUGUACAUAGUGCAAAGUGAUUAUUUCUAUUUCAGGGUAUAUUAAUAUUCUCAUAUUCCUUCCUAUCCUGGUGCACAGUAGCUUUUGAUUACUAGUCACUUCUAGUUUAAACUUAAUUUCUUCCUGGGUCAUUGACUGUUCUUGUGUAACAAUCGAUUUCUUUGAAACUGCUGCAGAGUUAAACCGUUAGCGGACACCCUUCUGACUCUACCUCUUCACACCACCCUGCCAAUCUCAGCAGACUCAAAACUUCCAAGUUUAUUCUCCAGACCUGUUGUCUGGGUGCCCAUUAUUCACAGUAAUACAUGGAAGAGUUAGACGAGAGCGCUCGGUUACAAUGAGAGGGUGGAAUGGGACUCUCGUGUCACAAGAAAAGGUUUUUUUCCUGCAAGCAUUCUCAUCAUCUGUCAACUCCCACAUUAGUGAGUCUUCUUAUAUAAUAAUGCAGCCAAAUUUAUGUUGAAUUUAAAACCCAUUUAUACUUUAAAUUUAUCUGCUUGCUAAGAACAGAUUCUAGUGCUCCAAGCUUCAAAUUUGGAGAUUUGUAAGAGGGAAUUCAAUAUUAUUCUAAUUCCUCUCUUACAGAGUAUGAAUAAAAGGUGUAUACAAACUUUGAAGUUUGUCAAUCAAAAGAGUGAAAUAUUACAAGAGACUGUUGUUGUCAUGGUUUGAGUUGUAAUCAAUAUCUAGAGUCUGACCACUGAGCAACAAGAUUUUACAUACUGAUAACGCGAUGUAAUCUCUAGAAUAAUCCAGGAAGAUUUUAGCAUCCUUUCUACAUUCUCACCCCAGAAUGAAGACUACAGAAGCCCAUGAAGAACUUACAGCCUGCCUGACAUCAUCUUGCCUACAAACUGAGUUAUUGCUUUGUCCUAAAAAUUAGUUGUUUUUUUUCCUAUGAGGCUUUUCAGAAAUUUACAGGAUGCCCAUACUUUAAAUGUGUACAAAAAAAAAAAAGAUUAAAAUAAAGGUGCAAAGAAAGUUUA